AUGAACAUCUUCGGCCUGGAACCCGUUGCCAAGUUCGGGACUGAUAAGCAAAAGGAGCAAUGGCUUGUGCCUUUGAUACAGGGCAAAGAGCGUGCCUGUUUUGCAGUUACAGAGCCCAACACCGGCCUAGAUACCCUGCGGUUACAAUCAUCAGCACGCAAGCAAGGGGAUCAUUAUAUCCUCAGUGGCUCCAAAGUUUUUAUCUCAACUGCUCAGGUGGCGGAAAAGGUCCUGAUCCUUGUCAGAACUACACCGCUGAAGGAUGUCAAGAAACCUAGCGAGGGGCUCUCCUUAUUUUAUACCAAUCUUGACCGAUCUGCCGUGGAGAUUCACGAGAUUCCUAAGAUGGGACGCUCCGCAGUGGACACGAACAGCCUGUCCUUUGAUGACUGGAAGGUGCCUGCAAGCGAUUUAAUUGGACAGGAAGGCGAUGGAUUUCGAAUGAUACUGCACGGGAUGAAUGCUGAGCGUAUUCUUGUCGGGGCAGAGGCCUUAGGGAUAGGGUAUGCAGCCUUGCGCCGGGCGUGCAAUUAUGUUGGCGAGCGGGUUGUGUUUGGAAACCCUGUCGGCAAGUAUCAAGGCAUUCAACACCCUCUUGCCGAAUGCUGGAUGAACCUCGAGAGUGCCCGUCUAGUCAUCUACCUGGCGGCGCGGCUCUAUGAUGAAGGGUACGAGGGUGGCGAAUAUGCCAAUACUGGGAAGUACCUGGCCUCAGAAGCCGCCUUCAAGGCCGCAGAGCGAGCCAUCAUGUCUCACGGAGGUAUGGGAUACGCAAAGGAAUAUCACGUAGAGCGCACAGACCCCAAGCUUCCCCACAUCCCCGGUUUCACCGCUUCCGUUCCGAAACGGUCAAUGCAUACCUCAGGCCCCAACCCCACUUUCCCCCAGGAGCCCUGCACCACCUUGGGGCAAAAUACAGGACAGAAACGCCCAGCUUCCGAGCACAACAAAGAGCAACUGUCCAAAAGGCGCGCCGCUAGAGCGUGUCUAUCCUGCCGCAACCGCAAAGUCCGCUGUGAUGUGGUCAACGGAGGACGGCCCUGCACCAACUGUCGCCUUGACAACCAAGCAUGCGUGGUAAAAGAGUCUAAUAGAGGCCGAAAACCCGGUGCCUUGCCCACAGUAUCAAGUCAAGCGCCGCCGGAAUCCCCUCCGCAUUAUGGAUCGCACAAUCGGCCAUCUUCUCCAGUCCGGUCUUCUCGAAGUUUGCAUACACCAUCGCCACGUCAGCAGCAACCUAACAGGCCGAGUGACGAUCUCGACGCGCUGGCAUAUGACGACCAACCGAGCCUGAGCCCUUCUGAACAGGCGGCUGAUGAAGUACCUGUUGUUAUCGCGCCGCAAAACGAUCUUGAGCAUGUCAACAACCCCUCAUCAAUGGAGGGAAACCCCCCUUUGAUCCAAUCACCAGCGUCAGUUCCUUGUCAGGCACUUCCGAAGGUGAAUGACUCAGCCAUACAUCUUCCCCCUUACAUCAAGCCCAUGCCACGCCAUAUCACCGAUCGAGAUAUCAGCUAUCUCGCGGACAAAGAUGCCCUCACUAUCCCCGACAAUGUGUUACGGGAUGAAAUUUUGCGGGCUUAUGUGACCAUUGUAUAUCCUUUCAUGCCUACUGUUGACCUUGAAGACUUCCUCAUGCCCAUAAUACAGGGCGAUGAACGCGGCUCUGUGAGUCUGAUAUUAUUCCAGGCUGUCAUGUUUGCCAGUGUUGGAUUUGUCGACACCAUGUUGCUACAGUCACGGGGCUAUAGUAGCAAAAAGGCUGCUCGGAAAGUCUUUUUCGGCCGUGUUCGAUUGCUCUACGCACUUGAUUGUGAGCUAGAGCACUUGCCACUCCUACAGGCUGUACUACUGAUGACAUAUUGGUACGAUUGCCCUAGCGAUGGGAAAGACUCCUGGUAUUGGACUGGUAUUGCAUUUAGUCUUGCCCAGGUAGUUGGUAUCCACCGCGAAACAGAACUCUGUAGGACAACAGUCAAAAAAAAGCGGCUCAGACGACGACUAUGGUGGUCAUGCAUCAUUCAAGACCGGCUGCUGGCGAUGGGGAUUCGCCGGCCCUCUAGAAUUCGUGACAAAGGAUACAACGUGCCGCAGCUUACGUUGAAUGACUUUGACCUGAAUGAGCCCUCAAAUACCGUGAUCAAGUUCCUUGGCAAAUCAGGAAUGCUCUUGUCUGAUCCAUCGGCACGCUCUACUAUGGCAGUUAUGUGCAUCGAGCUAAGCAAGCUUGCAGUUUGUUUAGGUCACAUUCUCCACUCACAGUACUCAGUUGUGAGCGAUCAACCCAUGAUCGCCGAGUAUAUGCUCAGAAUAAUCGUCGUUCCGAAGCGGUCGAGGUCGUAUACGGAUGAUGUGAUCAAGUGUGACCUGGAGCUGAAAGAGCUUAUCAACAACCAAGAUUCCCGGUCCAAAUACACACCUGGUCCUCAGCAGACAGGAGAUAAGACUGAGACACACCGAAUAAUUCGCCUACAUCAAGCCAUACUACGCAUGAACUAUCUUGCGGCAGUCAAUAUCUUGCAUAAGCCACAGGUGUUUUAUGCAGAGUCCGAGACCACGGACAGUAACGUCCAAAAGAAAUCAUCAAGAGAGAAGGUCACUAAUGCUGCUAUCGCCAUGACAAAGCUAGCCUUUGAUAUGCAGAUGGACAGCCAGCUGCAGUAUUUGUCAACUAGCAGCGUUCCAGCAUUUUUGUCAGCCGCCUUAUCCCACCUAGGGGAUAUGCGUUCUCAUGAAGAGGAGAUUCGCAACAUCAGCGUUGGCCGCUUCUAUCAGUGCAUUCAUGUCUUACAUCAGCUAAAGAGCAUAUACAGCUCAGCCGACUUCGCUAUUCAUUUCCUUGAGGCGGUCUUGAGGAAAAGCGACAUUGCUGUUCCCUCUUUGGUGCCUGGGUUACCUUCGACCAAGCCAAGUUGGAAUAAGCCCCAAUUAUUGGGAUGCCGGAGCUCAACUCCAGAAAGUGAAGCCUUUUCUCAGGUCGCCACCGCAUAUCCAAGUCCCUCGAGUCAUCCAAAUAUCACCGAGCCGCCUGCAGGGGCUUGGAAUGGAAUAAACAACCGCAAUUUGGAGGCCGGCAACGACGACCUGCGUCGUCAUCAAUUUUCUGGACUCGAACCUUGGUCGGACGGCGACAGUCAACUUGAUGCUUCCAACGUCGUGGCAAUCGACUUCCUACCUGACUCUUCAUAUAUGGGAAAUUGGUUCAACGUGGAGAGCCCCGUUCCAGCAUUUAUGAACUUCGAUAGCUCUAACACUUGGACUGUACCAAAUCAUGUCACUUCGGGCGAGGACUUGGGUUUGCUCUAA